GAGGAACUGCGCUUCAGGUUGGAAGCGGUGCGAUCAUGGCCGAGCGAGUCCAGCAGCCCCCAGCCAAGCGGCUCUGCUGCAGGCCCGGCUACAACCCGGCGUGCAGGCAGGGGCAGCGGGCUGGAGGAGUUCUGUGUGGCGGCGCAGGGUCCGCUCCGGGAGGGUCGGGGAAUGGAAAAACGCACAACCCCGAGUCGUUGCUCGACAUCGCGGCACGCAGAGUCGCGGAGAAGUGGCCGUUUCAGAGGGUGGAGGAGCGGUUCGAGAGGAUCCCGGAGCCCGUCCAGCGGAGGAUCGUAUACUGGUCAUUCCCGAGAAGCGAGAAGGAGAUCUGUAUGUAUUCCUCUUUCAACGCCGGAGGAGAGGAAAGUGGAACUAGCGGGGACAAUAAUGACGAGACCCAGCUGCCUUUCCUACGGGGUGUCACUCUGCUAGAGGGUGGCUGGGUGGACAACGUAUUGCAAGUCGGUUUCCAUCUCAGCGGCACGGUGACGGACCCCGCCACACCCUCAUCCCCAGAGCUUGUUUGCAGCGUCAGCGUCAGCUUCGACCGCUGCAAGAUCACGGCGGUAACAUGCACCUGCGGAAACAAAGACAUAUUCUAUUGCGCCCAUGUAGUGGCGCUUUCGCUUUACAGAGUACGGAAGCCUGAGCAGGUCAAACUGCACCUGCCCAUCUCAGAAACCCUGUUCCAGAUGAGCAGAGACCAGCUGCAGAAGUUUGUCCAGUAUCUGAUAUCAGUCCACCACACCGAAGUGUUGCCUACCGCACAGAAACUGGCCGACGAGAUUCUGUCGCAGAACUCGGAGAUCAACCAGGUCCAUGGGGCCCCGGACCCCACAGCAGGAGCCAGUGUGGACGAUGAGAACUGCUGGCAUCUGGAUGAGGAGCAGGUUCAGGAGCAAGUCAAGCUCUUCCUGUCCCAGGGAGGAUACCACGGCUCGGGCAAGCAACUCAACCUGCUCUUCAGCAAGGUGAGGGAGAUGCUGAAGAUGCGUGACUCCAACGGAGCGAGGAUGUUAACACUGAUCACAGAACAGUUCAUGGCCGACCCUCGGCUGGCGCUGUGGAGACAGCAGGGCACCACCAUGACCGACAAGUACAGACAGCUCUGGGACGAGCUAGGUGCCCUGUGGAUGUGCAUCGUACUGAACCCCCACUGCAAACCGGAGCAGAAGUCCUCAUGGCUGCGCCAGCUGCGCAGAUGGAACAGUGUGGACGUCUGCCCCUGGGAGGAUGGUAACCACGGCAACGAGCUGCCCAACCUCACCCACUCACUGCCUCAGGGUGCCCAUGGCAACCAAGAGAUGCGUCCCCACAGGACUGUGUUCACACGGGCCAUUGAGGCCUGUGACCUACACUGGCAGGACCGACACCUCCAGCACAUUAUCGCCAGUGACCUCUAUGCUAACUACUGUUACCAUGACAACCAGGAGGGCUCCCUCUUUGACGCACGCGGCUGGCCCUUGUGGCAUGAACAUGUCCCAACGGCCUGUGCCAGGGUGGAUGCCCUGCGUUCGCAUGGUUACCCAAGAGAAGCCCUUCGACUGGCCAUCGCUGUGGUGAACACGUUACGACGGCAACAGCAGAGGCAACUGGAGCACUUCCGCCGACAUAAGAAAGAGUUGCUCCAUAAAGGCCAUACCUCCAUAACCAACAUGGAGGGCUGGGUAGGACACCCCCUGGAUCCCAUUGGUACCCUGUUCAGCACCCUGACAGAGUCAGGACGAGUGGGAGAGGAGGGCGCUAACACCUGCUUGGACCUCUCAGACUGCUCCAGUGUUGUAAGCCGAGCAGAACUACAGCGAAUGCCCGUGCAGCGAUUGCUAGGAGACGGUGAAUCGUACGUGGCGCUGGCAGUGGAGACGGCUCUCAUCGGCUUAGGCCAGCAGCGGGUGAUGCCCGAUGGGCUGUACGCUCAAGAGAAGGUGUGUCGCAAUGAAGAGCAGCUAUUGGCCAAGCUGCAGGAAGUGGAACUGGACGACUCCCUGGUCAAAAUCUUCCGUAAACAGGCCGUCUUUCUACUAGAGGGUGGUCCAUACUCUGGCCUUGGAGAGAUCGUCCACAGAGAGAGUGUUCCCAUGCACACCUUCGCCCGCUAUCUUUUUACCUCUCUCCUACCUCACGACGCUGAACUGGCGUACAAAAUUGCACUGAGAGCCAUGCGGUUGCCGGUGUUGGAGUCGACGGCCUCGUCCGGUGACCUGUCGAGACCCCACCACAUUGUGUCAGUGGUGCCCAACCGCUACCCGCGCUGGUUCACCCUGAGCCACAUAGAGUCUCAGCAGUGUGAGCUGGCCUCCACCAUGCUCACUGCUGCCAAAGGUGACAGUCGGAGGCUGGAGACAGUCCUGGAGUCCAUCCAGAAAAACAUUCACUCCUCGUCUCAUAUCUUCAAACUGGCACAGGAUGCAUUCAAGAUUGCCACUCUGAUGGACAGCCUGCCUGACAUCACACUUCUCAAAGUCUCUCUGGAGCUGGGACUGCAGGUGAUGAGAAUAACUCUGUCUACAUUAAACUGGAGGAGGAGAGAGAUGGUGCGCUGGUUAGUCACAUGUGCCACUGAAGUGGGUGUGUACGCACUGGACAGCAUCAUGCAGAGCUGGUUCACCCUCUUCACCCCCACAGAAGCCACCAGUAUCGUGGCCACCACUGUCAUGUCCAACAGCACUAUCGUCCGCCUGCACCUGGACUGCCACCAGCAGGAGAACCUGGCUUCAUCUGCCCGCACCCUCGCCCUGCAGUGUGCCAUGAAGGACCCCCAGAACUGCGCCCUCUCUGCUCUUACACUCUGUGAAAAGGACCACAUUGCCUUCGAGACAGCCUACCAGAUUGUACUGGACGCGGCGGCGACAGGGAUGAGCUACACACAGCUGUUCACUAUAGCACGCUACAUGGAACACCGCGGUUACCCGAUGAGGGCAUAUAAGCUGGCGACGUUAGCCAUGGCUCAUCUGAACCUCAGUUACAACCAGGACACACACCCGGCCAUCAAUGACGUGCUGUGGGCCUGUGCGCUCAGCCACUCGCUGGGGAAAAACGAGCUUGCCGCCGUCAUCCCCCUGGUGGUGAAGAGCGUGAAGUGCGCCACCGUGCUCUCGGACAUUUUGCGGAGGUGCACGCUGACCACGCCGGGCAUGGUCUCUGCACUGCACAGCCGCAGGAACUCUGGGAAGCUGAUGUCCCUGGACAAGGCGCCGCUAAGGCAGCUGCUGGACGCAACCAUCGGGGCCUACAUCAACACCACGCACUCACGGCUCACACACAUCAGCCCGCGCCACUACAGCGAGUUCAUCGAGUUCCUGGGGAAGGCCCGGGAGACUUUCAUGAUGGCUCACGACGGACACAUUCAGUUCACCCAGUUCAUAGACAACCUGAAACAGAUCUACAAGGGCAAAAAGAAACUAAUGAUGCUUGUGAGGGAGAGGUUCGGCUGAGGGUGAGGCUGGGGAUCGCCAAAAGCUCCCCUCCCACUCUAGUACUUUUAUAUUAACUUGAGUCUGCCUUUUGAACUUCUUUUGGACUUAUAAAAUAGACAAGUAAAAAGAGGGAUGUGACUUGUAGAAUGAAGCAAAAAGAGAAAGGAAAAGAUGAUGAAAAAAAUCAACAGAGCCACACGCGGUAUUAUUGUUAUUGCUGUUGUUAUUGUUAUAAACAUUAUUACUAUUAUUAUUAUUAUUAAUAAUAUUAUUACUACUAUGUGUACAGAAGUGUUUUUAUUUUUCAGAAGAGAGGAAAUUUGUCAUGUUGUGAAUGUUGUGUGUAUUUCUCUACAUGUGUGCGAGAGGAAAAUGAAAAGUGAAAUGGCUUUUUUUAAAUUUUUGUUCCUUUUUUUAUUUUUAUGAUUUAAAGCAUCUUUUUUUCCCUUUUUCAGUGUAUAUUGAGUUAUAUGUUGUCAAGUGGCUGAAGCCCUUCUACAAUAGCGCUCAUGUAAAAACAAAAAAGAAGAAGAAGAAGAAGAAGAAGAAGAAGAAGAAGAAGAGAAGAAGAAGAAGAAGAAGAGAAGAGGAGAAGAAGAAGAAGAAGAAGAAGAAGAAGAAGAAGAAGAAGAAGAAGAAGACCAAUGUCUCGGCAUCCUCAAAGAGAAACUAAGGCUUUAAACCACACAGAGCACCUCCCUCUGUCCAGGCCCUCAGCAGUGGGCGCUGGGCAGCACUGCACAGCUUAGCUCGGCACAGCUUGGGUUAGCACUGACAGAAAGCCGCCAUCAGCAUUUCUUAAGACACAGCAGUAGCAGCAGCAGCAGCACUUGAGCAGCCAUUAGUUUUCUCUGGGUCCCAGGCAUUAGCUUCAUUACACACAACAAUGCUCUUAGCUAACUCGUGUUGUUGUUAUGGUUGUAAUCUUCCCCACCUCCAUAAUGAGUACCUGCUUCAGACAGAGGACAGUAUGCAGGCACUACAAUGAUGGCACAUUAGACAAAGAUAAUGAGUAUUAUUGUUACAUUAAUGUGAUGUACUACAGCUGUGAUUUUUAACAGCCCAAGUUUGACUAAAUAACCGUUAUAGUUGAGUUUUCUAGUUUAAAGUAGAUACCCAGAGGGAGAAAACUACCUCAUGAUACGGUAUUGAACCUGCUCCCUUUUUUUCCUUUUUCUUUUUUUUUUUGCUAUCAUGAUAUUUAUCAUCUAUGAUAGCUGACAGUGUUAAUUAAACAGUGAGACCAAGGUUAUUAUGAGGAGAUGUGGAGUCAGAUUCCUGCUGAGGUGUUUCUGCGCUCAGCUCUGCUGUACGUCACUGCCCUGGCAUCGGUACUUACACCCCCCCAAAAAUUGGCUCUAACACACUUGGAAGAUGUGUCAGUAUGUCAGUCCCCUCUCAUCUCUACAGCCACCGUUGUAUGGUAUUUUCAGACUAGGCCAGUGUCAUUUCCCUCUGUGCAUGUGAAUCAUAGAAAUUAGACUUUCUACUGUUAUAGUUCAUUGUGUGGAACCUUCAGUAAUUGUCAACCAGAACGUUCUCAGGGAUUUCUCUACACAGGAAAAAAGGCGGAACAAAUGAACGACUGACUACAGGAAAAAGACAAAAACAUGACACAACAUGAGUGAGCAUUUAUUGUACUCUGUAUAUAUGCCAUAGUAUAUGUCUGAAUAUGGAGGAUCUGAAAGUAUAUGUUAACUAAUUUAUACAGAGUAUUCUAUGUAAUGUGAAAUACUUGAAGCCGCUGUAGUUUGCUCUCUCUCUCGCUCUCCUUCUCUCUUUUGUCUUCUCUUUUUUUCUCUUUUGUUGAAAACAGAACAUAUCAGAAGGACUAGACUGACCUUGUUGAUGGCUUUUUGGACUCUCAAGGCCUCAUGUGUUCACAUUUGAGACGCUGGAUCCCAUCAGAAAUGCAGGAUGAGUCAGAUUGUGAUGGCGGAGAAAAACAUUGUUGUUCAUUCCUGCUGACUAAAGCAUAGAAAGGGGAUGGAGGUAGACUACUUCAGGCCAUUGGUCAAUAAAUGUUUGAAAACACAAUACAGGAUUUCUUAAAAGUACUUAAUUAUGCAUGUAAGCUGUUGCACUAGCCUAGUUUUCCAUAGGAUCCUAUGGGGAAAAAUAACUAUAAUGUGCUUUAUACAGGAGCUAAUUGGAGAUGAAUCUGGUUAAAAAUCAUGUAUUAUGUGUCCAGCCUUACAUGCAUUUAAGGACAUCUCGUGGCUGAAGUCUGCCUCAUUUUGCAGUAAUAUAACCCUUGUCAAAGUAACUUCAUAGUUGUGCAACUCAACCAGACUCACAAUGAUAUUUAUGCACAGGUUCAAACUAGCUAAGAAUAAAAAUCGAGUCUCAUCAGUUCUUCUUUCAUUCACUGCAGAAUUUCCAGUGUCCUCUGCAUUGUUCAGCUGUCCUAUCAUUACUUGCCUUUUUUUACCUUCUUUACAUGUCUGAUUUCUUUUUUUUUCUUUGCAUCUUUUUCUAUCUUGUGUUCAUUAAAGAUAAAAGCAGCCUUUUCUCUUGCCUUGUCUUAACGCUUUAAAGUAACCAAACAGGAGAUCUAUCUAACAACCAAACGCGUUCUAAGAGGUGAGAGACAACCCACCUUGGUCCCAGCUUUAGUGUCCUUAAUUAGUAAGUGAAUGGCUGUGUAACUCAUGCUUUAACAAAGCAAUUCCUCACGUGUGUUUGGUGAAAAAAUACGUUGUCCAGUGUCUCUUGUUCUCUUCAGAAACAAUUUCCUCUGAGUCUUUCUAGCUGUUUUUUUUUUUUCUUUUUUUUGUGUAGGAAUCUUCUGCUCUCCCAUUUUAUUUAUUACAAUGACCCAUGUAUACAUGCUUAUGAAAUUAAGAUUUGAUACACCGAUAUCAAUUUAUUUAUGUAACUAAAUCACUGUUUUAUAAUCUUGUUAAUGAGUCAAUAAUUGAUUUUUUUGUUUUUGUUUUUUGUUUUAAUAAAAGUUAGUUUUUUGAAAUGUA